AUGAUAGAUAAAUCGCAGGACAAGAUUCCUUUGCAAGACAUUAGUAUGCAGAGUUUCUCGAAGGAGGAAUCAUGGUCUGUGGAAGACAAGGAAACUAGCCCAAAGUCGGCAGUUCCUCAAAAACGUUAUGAGGACAUGAACGAUGUGGAAAAGGCUAUUUUCAACACCAAGGACUCUAAGUUGAACAAAGACCUUUCCAUUCGUCAUCUUUUGACACUUGCGGUGGGUGGUGCUAUUGGUACUGGUUUGUUCGUUAAUUCUGGUAGUUCUCUAAGCACUGGUGGGCCAGCAUCUCUAGUCAUUGCAUGGACCAUUAUUUCGACAUGUCUCUUUACCAUCGUGAAUGCGUUGGGAGAAUUAAGUGCUACUUUCCCUGUUGUCGGUGGUUUCAACGUUUACGUCACAAGAUUUGUGGAGCCAUCUCUAGGUUUUGCUGUCAAUUUCAACUAUUUGGCUCAAUGGGCCAUCUUGCUACCGUUGGAGCUCUGUGCAGCCUCCAUCACCAUCAGAUACUGGAACAAGAACAUCAAUCCGGACGCCUGGGUGAGUAUAUUUUAUGUGGCCAUUGCGUUGGCCAACAUGUUGGACGUGAAGUCGUUUGGUGAGACUGAAUUUGUGUUGUCGAUGGUCAAGAUCCUAGCCAUCAUUGGGUUCACGAUCCUGGGUAUCGUGUUGAUUUGUGGUGGUGGGCCCAACAAUCACUUUAUCGGUGGUAAGUACUGGCAUGAUCCAGGUGCGUUUGUGGGCGAAACCUCGUCUCAACAAUUCAAAGGGCUUUCCGCAGUGUUCAUCACAGCCGCAUUCUCUUACUCGGGACUUGAAUUGGUCGGUGUCUCCGCUGCAGAAUCGAGAAACCCAAGAGUCACCUUGCCAAAGGCUGCUAAGAGAACAUUCUGGCUCAUUACAUUCAGUUACUUGAUCAUCUUGACUUUGGUCGGUUGUCUAGUUCCUUCAAACGACCCAUUGUUGUUGAACGGUACCUCAUCAGUGGACGCAGCAGCAUCCCCCUUGGUCAUUGCUAUCCAAAACGGUGGUAUCAAGGGUGUCCCCUCUUUGAUGAACGCAAUCAUUCUUAUUGCAGUGCUUUCUGUCGCAAACAGUGCUGUGUACGCAUGUUCCAGAUGCAUCGUGUCAAUGGCAGAAAUCGGUAACCUACCACGUACGUUGGCACACGUCGACAAAAAGGGUAGACCAUUGUACGCUAUUGCCGUUACUUUGUUCAUCGGUCUAUUGUCCUUUGUCGCAGCCAGUGACAAGCGUGACGACGUUUUCACCUGGUUGAGUGCCUUGUCCGGUUUGUCCACGUUGUUCUGCUGGCUAGCAAUCAACAUUGCCCACUUAAGAUUCCGUCACGCCAUGAAACUACAAAAUAGAUCAUUAGAAGAACUGCCGUACGUCUCCAUGACCGGCGAAUGGGGUUCUUGGUACGGCUGUGCCGUUAUCGGACUUGUCUUGAUCGCAUCUUUCUGGACCUCGAUGUUCCCAGCCGGAUCACACGGUGCAGACGCAAAAUCUUUCUUCGAAAGUUACCUAUCACUACCGAUCUUCAUCGUGUGCUACGUUGGUCACAAGAUCUGGAAGCGUAACUUCACCUUGGUGAAUAAGCUUUCAGAGAUUGAUGUCGAUUCAGGAAGAGUUGACAUAGAUAUCGAGACAUUGAAGAAAGAAAAGGAAGCAGAAGAUCUGCUCAUGAAAUCCAAACCAUUUUAUAUUAAAUUCUGGAACUUCUGGUGCUGA